AAAAGCAAUAAAUCUGGACCUCCAACUCCUGUCUCUAAUGUUGGUUCUCCUUCUCCUCUUACACCUGCAAAUUGCCGUUAUGACAGUUCAUUGGGUCUUCUAACCAAGAAAUUUAUCAACUUGAUCAAGCAUGCUGAAGAUGGUAUGCUUGAUCUUAACCAGGCUGCAGACACUUUGGAGGUGCAGAAAAGAAGGAUAUAUGAUAUAACAAAUGUGCUUGAAGGAAUUGGUCUUAUUGAAAAGAAGCUCAAGAACAGAAUACAAUGGAAGGGUGUUGAUGCUUCUAGACCUGGAGAAGUGGAUAAUGAUGCUGCCAUUUUAAAGGCAGAAACUGAAAGCCUUUCGAUGGAAGAGCGAAGAUUGGAUGACCAAGUUAGAGAAUUGCAAGAAAAGUUAAGGGAUAUGAGUGAAGAUGAAGACAACCAAAAAUGGCUUUUUGUAACUGAAGAAGAUUUAAAGAGCCUACCCUGCUUUCAGAAUGAGACCCUCAUAGCAGUUAAAGCUCCUCAUGGCACCACCCUGGAAGUCCCAGAUCCUGAUGAGGCUGUGGACUAUUCACAAAGGAGAUAUAGAAUUAUACUCAGAAGCACAAUGGGUCCAAUUGAUGUCUACCUCGUCAGUCAAUUUGAGGAGAAGUUUGAGGAGAUGAAUAGUGUUGAACCAUCAAUGGCCAUCCCAGUUGCUUCAAGUUCAGGCUCAAAGGACAAUCCGGCCAUGGAGAGAUCAACUCUUUCAAACAGUGUUACUGAGAAUGAAGUACAAACACAAAAUGUUGAUCAAUUGAGUUCUGAUCUUGGUACUUCACAGGAUUACGGUGGUGGAAUGGUGAAGGUUGUCCCUUCAGAUGUUGAUAAUGAUGCAGAUUACUGGCUCCUAUCAGAUGCACAUGUUAGCAUCACAAAUAUGUGGGAGGCAGAUCCUGCAGUUGAAUGGGAUGGGGAAAACUUGCUCCAUGAAUUUGGAAUAGCUGAUCUAGGUACCCCAAGGGCACAUACUCCGUCUGCUGUUACUGAUGUACCAACCCCAAUGAACGUGCCACCAAGAUGAGUUAGGCUCUCGCGGAUAAGCUGAAUUUGGAAAUUCCAGUCUAAUUUAGUCAGAAACAAGAAAUCACCCGUCUAUUUUUUGCUGUUUUGCUCCUUAGAUCCCCAAGGGAACUGGACAGUGUACUUAUACAAAGCCCAAGGACUGAGACUCUGUACAGUUGCGGAAUCUGCUUGACCCCUUUUACAUGGUUGAUACUUGUAACCAAACAGAACAUGCUGAAGGUGCAAAAGGUGGAGUUAAAAGAAUGGGAAGGAAAUGUUGGUUAUUUAUCAAAUGCUUGCUCUUAACACCCUCCUCCCCCAUUGUCUUUGUUUUUCCCAAGCAUUUAGGCUAUGUGGGAGGUAGAAGUUUUCCUUCCCCAGUAGUUCCUUUCCUGUUCGCAGGUCUUCAUAACUCAACACUCAUCUUCUUUCUGGAAUUUAAUAUUACCAUCAUAUAUUUCAGGUCCUCAAAGGUGCAUCAUGAUACA